AAAUUCGGAAUUAUUCACGGUAUCGAUAGCGCCGAGGUUUACCGAAUGGGGACCUUCACUUUGGAAGCACGUUUGUGAGAAAAUGAAUAUUAAUUUUUGGAAAAGAUGCGAGAGUUUAGUUAAACAAGUUAACAUAUGUUGUUCAUCAGUGAACUUAUCAACAGGUUCUGUGCUGAGGAAGAGAGGACAAGGUGUGUUCAGACCUUCCGUGUCCUACAGUGUAAAAAGAUACUUCCACCUACAGUCUGUCUGUCUGGCCAACAGGGUGAAGGAAGCAGGUGAUCUUACUGUUACACAAACAGAGACUGAUACGAAGACGGAAGAAAUUACUGAGGCUAUAAACAGUCGUAUUGACUCGGAGGACCUUGGGAGGCUAUUUGCCGUGGUUCAUUUGGCAGGGUUCCAGAGAAAGGUCACCGUGAAUGACAUUGUUGUCGUGGAGACCAGCUCCUUCCCUACCGUCGGCACCAGAAUAAGACUGGAAAAGGUACUGUUGGUGGGCAGUAAAGAUUUCACACUGGUGGGAAGGCCAAUCCUCAGUCAAUCUGUGGUUAACAUAGAGGCCACUGUCAUAGAAAAGACACUGUCUCCCAUGGUGAUUUCCUUCCUGUUUGUCCGCAGAAAACGCGUCAGGAAAACCAGGAUGCAAAAGAAUCAGCAGACAGUGUUACUGAUAAAUUCUAUAGAAGUGAACCCCAUAAAAAAUUGAUUUCUGCAGCCAUUAAAGUGAUUGACAUAUAAAGCAUCUGCUUAGGCCUACAGUACAUAUAUAAAAGCAGUAGGAAUAGUUAGACCAGUGCCUGUGACAGAUGUGUUUUCCAUUUUGACACCAUGUGUUGUUUAUAUACAUUAUGGAUUAAUUAUGGGAAGAAACAGUAAUUCAGCCAUGUUAUUACUCAUGUAUCAUGUCAAAUGAGAAAAUACAUUGCUUUUUGUAUUGGUCAUUAAAAUAUCAAUUUUGCCACGUAACAUAACAUUGGCUAAUCUGACCCAUGUAUUUGUGUAGGUGCCUGUAAGAAAUGUUUUUUUUGGUUGUAAAUAAAUUGUAAUCAUGACUAAAAUAA